CGAGCCCGCGCCGCGCCCCGCCAGCUCGCCAGCAUGUCCUUCGUGCCGGUGCCCGCGGACUGCGACUUCCCCAUCCAGAACCUGCCCUACGGCGUCUUCUCCAGCGCGCGCCAGGCGAGACCGAGGAUCGGCGUGGCCAUUGGCGACCAGAUCCUGGACCUCAGCGCCAUCAGGCACCUGUUCACGGGGCCUGUUCUCUCCCAGCACCAGGAUGUCUUCAAUGAGCCAACGCUCAACACCUUCAUGGGCCUGGGCCAGGCCGCCUGGAAGGAGGCGAGAGCCUGUCUGCAGGACCUGCUGUCCGCCCGCCAGGCCCGGCUCAGGGACGACCCAGCGCUCCGGGAGCGUGCGUUCACGCCCCAGGCGGCUGCCACCAUGCACCUCCCGGCCACCAUAGGCGACUACACGGACUUCUACUCCUCGCGGCAGCACGCCUCGAACGUGGGCAUCAUGUUCCGGGGCAAGGAGAACGCACUGAUGCCCAACUGGCUGCACUUGCCUGUCGGCUACCACGGACGUGCCUCCUCCAUCGUGGUGUCCGGCACCCCUAUCCGCAGGCCCCUGGGGCAGAUGCGGCCGGAUGAGACCAAGCCUCCCGUGUUCGGGCCCUGCAAGCUCCUGGACAUUGAGUUGGAAAUGGCUUUCUUUGUAGGGCCCGGGAACCGCUUCGGAGAGCCCAUCCCCAUCUCCGAGGCCCACGAGCACAUCUUCGGGAUGGUCCUCAUGAACGACUGGAGCGCCCGAGACAUUCAGAAGUGGGAGUACGUGCCGCUCGGGCCCUUCCUGGGCAAGAGCUUCGGGACCACCAUCUCCCCGUGGGUGGUGCCCAUGGACGCGCUGCUGCCCUUCGCCAUCCCCAACCCCAAGCAGGACCCCAAGCCUCUGCCAUACCUGCGCCACGACCAGCCCUACACCUUUGACAUCAACCUCUCGGUGGCCCUGAAAGGAGAAGGGAUGAGCCAGCCGGCCACCAUAUGCAGAUCCAAUUUUAAGAACAUGUAUUGGACGAUGCUGCAGCAGCUCACCCACCACUCGGUCAAUGGCUGCAACCUGCGGCCCGGGGACCUGCUGGCAUCUGGGACCAUCAGUGGGUCGGAGCCGGACAGCUUUGGCUCCCUGCUGGAGCUGUCCUGGAAGGGCACGAAGGCCCUGGACCUGGGGAACGGGCAGAGCAGGAAGUUUCUGCUGGACGGGGAUGAGGUCAUCAUAACAGGGCACUGCCAGGGGGACGGCUACCGUGUGGGCUUCGGCCAGUGUGCCGGGAAGGUGCUGCCCGCCCUCUCGCCAGCCUGAGUCUCUGCUCCUGAAGUCAGGGCUCGGCCGGAGCGGCCCCUCGCGCCCCCAGCUGGUCCCCCAUGGGAGACGAAUAAACCCCACGUGAG